AUGCCUCAGGGCGCACCGGUGGUGUCGGGUGCGAGUGCGUCGCUGCAGACGUCGGCGUUUGUGCCGCCAGCAGGCCGGGUGACCAACGUGCUUGCCGGGCGGCGGGUCGGCGGCUCGGGAGCUGGCGUGCUGCGACCGGUGGCUACAGGGCCAUCGAUUGAUGGAGUGGUGGUGGCGCCGCUGAUGGCGCCGCCGUCGCUGCGAGGCACGGUGCGAGUCUUGCCGGAGCCGAGCGUGCUGCCGGUUCUCAGCAACGCGUGGAGCGACGAGGGAACGUCGUCGAGUCCGGGCGGCAGCGUCCGCAGCGGGAGUGCCGGCCACGAGCGAACAGCAGCCCGGCAACCGCUGCCGCCCAAGCGGGUGGCCACGCCAGUCGACGUCGACCAGCUCAUAUGGGUGCCGGUCGACGAUCUCACGGCUGGCGACGUGCCGGACGCCGAUCUCAUUCCAUGGGUCGAGAUGCACACCGUGACGGGUCGGGUCGUCCGCAAGCCGCGGGCGCAGGCGCCGCGCAAGGUCAGCAUCAAUGGUGAGGAGCUCGUCCUCAUCAAGUACUGCGGUGAGUGGUUUGCCAUCGGCAACGUCUGUCCGCACAAUGGCGCCGCGCUCGAGGCCGGCGACAUCGAGGACCUCGAGGGUGAGCCCUCGCUUCGCUGCCCGCGCCACAAGUGGCGGUUCUCGCUCCGCUCCGGCCGCGGUCUCCUCCCCUCCUCGGCCCGCGACCUCUGCCUCGACCGCAAGCCUGUCCGCACCGAUGCUUCUGGCCGCAUCUACGUCGGCUUUGACUCGGUGAACGUGGUUUUCGACGACGACUUUUGACGAGUUUCGGCCUUUUGCCUCUCUGCGCCAAUGCUUCCGGCCGCACUUGCCAACACACGCCACACACGCAAGCUGCUGAAAAACAAAGGGUCUUCAUUCACACAGGGUUGGUGACAGAUUGGAAAUAGCAGCGGGCGGUCGAGGCGCAGGAAAGCGGCUCGCCGCAAGAUACAAUAACUUAAUCGAUCUCCUCGAUGGUGGGCU